UCCACUUUCAAAGUUACUGUAUCGUAAGGCACACAACCUGAAAACAGAUUUCAGAUUCACUUUCUUUGUUCCAUGCUGUGUUCACCUCAGCUACGGGAGUCCUUCAGCAUGGCCGCACACCUCAGUUCAUGCCUCCAGAUUGUUGUCAUGUUUCUGUGUUGCACAGCGUGUAGCACUGGCAUUUCCUGUAGAAAUGAAGCUGGUGAGCCUGUUGAUUGGUUUAUCAUUUACAAGCUUCCCAAGUAUAAGAUCGGUGAGGUCGGCAGUGGGGUGGACUACAUGUAUCUGGACCCUUCAGUAGAGAACUGGCAGAUGAGUAAAUUCACAGUUAACAUCAGUCAAGGAGCCAUAGGGAACACACUGAACCAGCUUUACAUGGGAAAGGCCUACAAGUCUAACAGCUCAGUCUAUGCACUCUACAAUGAUGCUCCGCCAAUCCUGGAUUACAGGGAAGAAUACGGACACACUAAAGGGGUGCUGCUCUUUGACCGCUCUCAAGGUUUCUGGCUAUCGCACACCAUUCCCCACUUCCCAUCGUUCCCUGAGAGAGGCUACCUUUACCCCUCCUCUGGUAAAGUCAAUGGCCAGACUGCUCUGUGUGUGACCUACCAGUAUGAACAGUUUCUCCAUAUUGCAAAGCAGAUGGUUUACCUUUACCCUCGUUUCUAUAACUGCUCUGUACCUGCUGCGUUCUCGGCCGACCUGCCACAGCUUGCCCAGUUAUGUGAGGGCUCCAGACCACCACUGGGCUCUGAUAAGGGGGUGGAGCAGCUUUUCUCAGUCCACGGGGAGAAGUUUGUCAGUUUUGCCAAAUCUGAACGCUUUGUGGAUGAUAUCUACACAGGAUGGGUGGCUCAGGUCCUGGAUGCCGACCUGCUGGUGGAGACAUGGCAGAGACAAGGUCACAUGCUGCCCUCCAACUGCUCCCUGCCCAAACACACCAUGAACAUCAAGAGGAUUCGGCUUUCUGGAUCAGUCCUGUUCCAGUCCUACCACGACCACUCCAAAUGGUGUGUGUCACAGGCUUAUGAGAACCAGGUGACCUGCCUGGGGGACCUGAACAGGGAGAGGGCCCAACUGUGGCGUGGUGGGGGGCUGAUCUGCUCCUUAAACCCCUCGAUUUACAAGGCUUUCAGACAGGUGGUGGACUGGUAUAUUGACUGUUGAACUAGACAGGAGGACGGGAUGGCUAGGACUGUAUCAGUCUCCGACUCAGAUUUAAAUCUGUUUUAAAGUUGUGCGACUAAAUGUGGAGGUUGAUCCUGUUAGAGGCCUCAGGCCACACAAGAAUCAAAUUAGACGUCAAUUAAAAAAAACAAAAAAACAGGGCUUUAAUAGCUGCUUAGCUAAUUGGAUCCUAGUUGAGAAUCAAACUUAUAUCCCAGUGAAUUCUCCUUCCAUUUAUGCUUCAGCUGGAGAUCUGUAAUAUGUACAUCUUGACACACAACAAUUGCACAAAAAACUUUGCUAUAUCAGAGGAGAAAACAAAGUAUGAUUUUGAUUUGCAAAUGUCAAAGCUUUAGAAUCUAUUGAUUAAAAUAAUUUAAUGUAAAUAAUAAAGAUGCAAGAUACAAGUGUUUCAGUCAUCACUCAGAUUUACUGAAAGCCUUUAUCCACUUGUGUCACAACACUUAACCUACCUGUGUUUGAGUAUAGGAAAGUUUAUUUCUUCACCCUCUGAGACUAUCACAUGUUUUCUUAUAUCUUAUGUGGGUGGAGACUGUGUCUGCAUUCGCCAUCAUUAUGUUCGGGCAGUUUUUACUUUUGGAGGAGGAUGCAAUGGGCUUAAACCUGAAGUAAUUGGUGUAUUGGGUAAACGGUGUCACCUAGUGGACAGACUGGUAUAGUAUCGUUAAAUGUGGCAUUUUCUCUGUGGAUUAUUACAAAGAGUACAUAGUGUACCUGCACUGCUCUGUACACUGCUGACUGUUGCAGCAUAAAUUUUUGUUUUCCUUAAACAAAACAAAAAAUCUGCUUCUGGGUUAAAAUCAUUUCAGAAUCUAUUUCUUUAGAUUCGUAUUUUUGAUACUUUUAAAGACAUCAGUCUUAUUCUAUCUUGUUUAAAGACACUAGUUUCUAUUCUAGAAAUUUCCUCAAACAAGAGAAACUGCAAUGGUAGCAACUGGAAUCACAUUAAUAUCAAACCACCUCUCAGCUUCUAAUUUUUAUUCUGCACAUCCUGAUGCAAGAUUAAACUUCCUCUGUCAGAACCGCUUUUAUAACUUACUGUUUGACUCAAAAUUGAGAUUUUAAUUUGUCAACUUCAGUGUCAUGCUGACCUUCAUGUUUCCUGACCCAUGGAGGCGUCAAAGCCAUACAGUCUUAUACAAAACUAAAGGAGGGACAUGGAAGAAGAACAUACAGACAGACAGCUCCAGGCCCCACCCUCUCAGAUUGAGAUAAUCAAAUUACAGCAAGACAAGUAGAUAACUGAGUACCUCAAAGGGUUCAUGCUGUUGAAAACUAGGAAAUAGCGAAUGUUAUUGUUAAAAAUUUGUGUCAUAUACAAUCUUUUAGUACAAUGUGUUACAGAACUGGUUUACCAGCAGAGACAAAGACGACAAACAGAUUUUGCAGGCCAACGACUUUUCAUUGUUAUACUUGUAGUUACGAUUCGUCCAGUUGGCUGCUUUCAGUAGUGGGCUGGCAUGAUUUUAUCUGUAGUAAUUCCCUGGAAAUGCCGGUUGAGUGUAUGAACUUUGACAAUGUCAAGCAACCUGUCAA